UGACGCCGCUGCCGUUCCGCUGGCUGAGCCGUGGUAACGCCGCUUGCCGCCACACUUCAUUUGCCAGCUGCAGCCCCGGCCGGUCGGACGUCAGGGGAAGUGCCGCUUGUUGUCGUCGUCCUCCGGCGUGGAAUCUGCAGGGACUGGCGCUGUUCCCAUAGCGAGGGCGCUGGACAAGCAACUGGUCUCCUCCCACCCCACCAGUUCUACAGACUGAUGGUUAGAGAGACGAGGACGCUGAGUAUUAUCGCUUCUCGUCUGACAGGAAGAGGAGAGAGAGAGGAACACUCGCCGUAAGGCAACGUUUGGACUUUGCUCGGCGUGCGCAGCAAGCUUCGCUCGUCCUGAGACAAGGCUCACCUACCUCCCCUGCCACUCUCCCUACCAAAACCUCCAACCCGCUUGUCUCCCUUUUCCGCCGCGCCUUGUUGUGUUGUGUGUGCGCCCAACUCUUCCACAGGCACACGCCGUACAGCGUCCGACUUCACGCCUGCCGAGGUGUGUGUGCGUGCGUAUGUGCAUGCGUGCGUGCAUGCGUGUGAGCGCCGUGAGGACGCUGGGUCAGGCCACGGGCUGCUUCUCUCACUCGGGAGCUGUCUUCACCGCUACUUUCAACGACGCUGAAUGGUGCUGUAGCGCCACUCGAUAUCAGGAGAGGAGAAAGGUAGUUUCUCUCGCGUUGCGGCUCUUCCUCCUACCUAGUUCCCAUCUUCUCUCCCUCCCACCUCCACCUAUACCCGGCCUUCUAGUCGACUGAUCGGCGAGAAAAACAUUGUCGCUUGGGAGGAACAGGCAUCGUGCUGGACUCGGGGCGGCACUGAUGCUGGCCCUGUGCGGAGGCAGCCUGCUGCUGUGGACUCUCCCUCCCGACGUCGUCACCUGCUUCUGAAACAAGUCUGGAGCUUCCCCCCUCUCUCCUUGUCCCCCACCACCCACCCACCUCCACGGUUCCACCUGAAUGUGCGCGCGCGCACGCGGUUGUGUGUGUCUUCGCGUGCAUGCAUGCGCCUUCGAUUCACGGCAUCGCGUCAUUGUGGUGGCGGGCUUGGCAGCUCCAGGCGCCCCCAGUGGGAGGAAAACACGCGCCGAUCUUCGCCACAAGAGAGUGACGCUGCAAGCGGCACGAGGAGCAGGAGUUGGUGCCCCUCGCGCUUUGAUCCAGGACUGGACUUUCUUCUCUCGCGCUCUCCGGCGCGCCAGCCACGUGGAGUACACCCAGAAAGGGAAGAGAGCGCGCUGCAGCACCGCGUGCACGUUUGCAUGCGCGUGCGUGCGUGUGUGUGUUUUACCUGUGAAGAGGCUCUCAGGCUGCCUUAAUCGCGUUUCUCUCUUACGUCACCUGCGGUGAACCGUUCGUCUGCAGUUGACGGUGUGUGUGAUAGGAGUGGUCGUCGCAGGGAGAAGGUGGACAGGCGAGUCGGUCGAGCCAUCAUGGACAGCGCCAGCUGAGCGGAACUUUGCCAGACUAAGCAGAGUGCGAAUGCAACACCCGCCCUUUGAGAAUGUGCAACGAUACCUGAAGGAGACAUCCGUUGACGGAACGGUGCCGCUAUCGCAGUCGCUGGUGUUAGCUCUGGAUGCUGUUUACCUGUGUGGGAGGGGAGGGGGGAGUCAGUGCCAGAUAGUCACGUGCAAGAAAAGUGCAUGUCAGAACGGACCUGCAUUGUGACAUCACGAGUCUGAGUUCCUACAUCGUGUGAAAUUCGUUUUGUACGGAAGAACCAUCAUCACCACCCACCACCCGAAGCCCCGCUCAGCACGGAGAAGUAUCCCACGACCCCGUCCCCACCCCUACGUCUCCGUUUUGUCAGGAGUAGUAACCUCGCAAGCCGUUGGCGGUCACCCUAGGGUUCCCGAGCACGCUGGACGCCGUCUGCCGCGGCGACACCCGCCUGCCCUGCCCGGGUGGAAUGCCCAGCGGCCUGACCCUGGGUGGUGUGCCAGCGGGUGGUCCGACAGUCGCCGCGCUCGAUGGUGGAGUUCGGAGAGGAGCGGGUGGUGCCGGCGGCUCCAUGUCGGCCAUGUGGAGCAUCCUUCACGCCUACCAGUACGCCAACUUCACGCACUUCCCCUUCCCGCCCAGGAUGGCCAGCUUCGAAGAUUCCAAUUCUAUGGAGUCACACCACUUCCGGCCGAUGGAACACUCGCCAACGGACGGGUACGGGUGUGUCAAGACUCGCAAGAAUAAAGAAGACAAGUACUGCGGCGUAUGCGGCGAUCGCGCCCUCGGCUACAACUUCGACGCCAUCUCCUGUGAAUCGUGCAAGGCCUUCUUCCGCCGCAAUGCACCUAAAGGACUGGAGUACUUCAAGUGCCCGUACGAGGAGAAGUGCAAGAUGGACGUGUCCAAUCGACGUUUCUGCAAGCGAUGUCGGCUGCGGAAGUGCUUUGAAAUCGGCAUGCGCAAAGAGUACAUCCUGACAGAGGAGGAGAAGAUGCGCAAGAGGAUGCGUAUAGAGGAGAAUAGAUCUAGACUGAAGCAACCUGCUCCCUCUUUUGACAGGAGGUUCCGGGACGUGGAGAAGACCAAGAUGCAGAGCGGGGAUGUCUCCUCCUCGCAAGUGCGCCUGCGGCCCCUGGAGCCCGAGGAGGAUGCUGCCAUCAGCGAGGUGGUCAGCGCCUAUCAUCAGUCGCUGGAGAUUUGUGUCGAGUCCGACAUCUCGCGUGAGCGGCCGUCCAUGACGGACCUGGUCAACAUCGCCGAGAUCAGCGUGCGCCGCGUCAUCGACAUGUCCAAGAAGAUCAAGUCCUUCAAGGCGCUGUCGCAGGCGGACCAGAUCGGGCUGCUGAAGGGCGGCAGCAUCGAGCUGCUCAUCAUCCGCUCGGUCAUAAACUUCGACAAGGACAAGCAGCAGUUCCUGGACCCCUACGACAAGGAGAAGUACGCCAUGACCACGGACCAGCUCAAGAUCGCCACGGACGCUGCCAGCAUGCCCGGCAUGGGGCUCUUCGAGGACCACAUGAAGUUCGUGCGCUCGCUGGCCUUGGACCUGCACGCCGACGAGACGGUGCUGAUUCUGCUGCUAAUGAUCGCAUUGUACUCGCCGGACCGGCCUGCCAUCACCGACAAGCAGUACAUCGCGGACGAGCAGGAGCGUUAUGCUCUUUUGCUGCUGCGCUACCUGGAGUCCAAACACCCGCCACACGUCGUGCGCGUGCUGUACCCCAAGCUGCUCAUGAAGUUGGUGGACAUUCGUAACCUCAACGAGGAGCACUCGCAGGUACUUCUGCGCAUCAACCCAGAAGGCCUGCAACCUUUGAUGAAGGAAGUGCUGGAGCACAAUCUCGAUAAGAACGACAAGCGGCCAAGCAAGACUUCCCACGGCAGCGGCGGUGGUGGUGGCGGCGGUGGUGGUGGUACCAUGGAAGGGGCCGGUUCUCCCACCCACGCUGGGCCCGUCACCUCCCCACUCCCGCACAGCCCCCCGGUGGCUCCUGCGCUGCCAUCCUCCACCCCGCACCUCUCUCCCCCUCACAUACCACACGUCGGUCCCCAUCCCCACGUCCUGCCGCAGCCCCAUCUAUUGCCGCAUCCCGCCUUGGUCAACACAGCCAUGCCGCCCAACCCGCAGUAACGAACGUACACCGACCUGCUCCAGGUCCCCGGCUUUAGUGUGACGCCUUCACGAAGGACAGGCAAAACAACGUGGCCGCCAAAGUCUGAGCAUGCGCGGUCCGGUACUUACUCUUCUCCCACUCCAUCUUCCACCCUCACCCCUCCAAACUACCACCCCCUCCUGUAAGGGCUCCGUGUCCGGUCGGCACGGUCACCAUCUGUUAGAGUUCUGUGGUAGACAAAAGGCAAUGUUCGUCGUCGCUUCUAAGUCGCCUCCUCCUCUGUCCGAUGACCGUCCAGUUAGAGGCAGGCAGGAGUCCAGAAGUUUCGGCGAGCCCGACUACAAGCACCGCCUCUGAUUUUACCUACCUGUCCUACGUACUCGUGCGGUAACAUUUCGCACAGUUGUUUUUCUGUUUGUUUAGCUACCCCCCACCCAUUCCUAAACAAGAAAAAGCAGCAACCCCCAUUCGAACUCUCGUCCAGUUUGAUUAAUUAGAGUCAUUAAGUAACAACAUUGGAAACUCAUCGAUGAUAAGUGCAGGACGCAUAAUCUGCCUGCAGGAAACCCCCAGUUUCCCCUCCCUCCCUACUCCCACAUCUCACCUUUAUUGCAGGGAUGAACACGACCCACCCGCCCUACUCCGCCCUGAGGGAUAGAGAAUAAGCUCCGAAUUCUGUCCGAGACUACUGCGCUAGAGGCGCUGGUCUCACACGAAGGGAUUGGGCGUCGACCAGGACGGCCAUUCGUCGGUCAGCGCCAGGGACUAACUGGACUUCCGACGGCCAUCUUGCAUGACUCCCGAGUUUGCCUGUUGUCACCGCCGAAGGCCAAGCUUGCCAGACACUCUUGUGACUUUUUACUGUAGCUGGUGAUUUGUUGUACGGAUGACGAUUGAAUUUUUAAUAUGAAUAUUGUGUUGGGGUGUGGGUGGUUGGGUAGACAGGUGGGGAAGGAGUGUAAGACUGCUGGCCACCACCACCACAACCACCUCCUCACGUCUCCAUCUCAGUGACGUCGUUUUGUUGGGGUGGGGGAAGGCGUCAGAGCAUGGCAGGAGGGUGAGGUCAAGAGGCUACACCAGGACUCUGGGAAUAUGGUCAGUGAGGAUUGUCAUCUAGUGCCUGAAGCCGCACCCCAUGCAGGUCCUCUGUGCCAAGAGGGUGUUGUUACCUACUAGUGCGUGUCGCGCAUGCGCUGUGAACAAUUUUGUGACUGAAUUUCGGGACUGCUUCAAAGCCUGCGCUUGCUUUGUCUUGUGUCUUAGAAAAUUUGUAGGGUUGGGGUGGUUGAUGCUGGGGAAAGGGGGGGAGGGAAAGUGCACUCGGCUGUUUUUAUGUUUCAUCAAAAGUUUACACAUAUGUAUGUGCGUGUGAGAGAGAGAUGUGUUUCUUAACGAAAGAAAGGGUUGGGUGGGGUUGUAGUUGUUGAAAGUGAUGAUGAUGCAUGCUGUUUACUGCUUUGUUGUCGUUGUGUGUUGGUGUGCACAUGUCUCGUCACGUGUCACCUGUUCACAGACGUGCAGCUACUAGUAGACGUCGCUACAGUGUGUGUAGAGGAUGGGCAGGUCUCGCCCAGUCACGUGACAUGCGGUAGUCACAGCAGACAGGAGGGAGGGAGCCUUGUUAGCCAGUCACAAACAUUAUUAGACAGCUGUGUACAGUAAUCAUUUGCGUUUAACGCCCAGCAGCAUUGCUUGCCUUUGGUACACAGGAUGCGCUGAAAGGUGAAUUAUGUAUCUCUAUAUAUAAACAUAAAUCACACAGAACCUCACCUUCAGCAUUAGAGAUUUCUCCCCUCUCGUAGUAAAUUUUUUUACUUGCUCUUUAUGGAAGAAUGUGAGCUCUUUCUGGCGCGUGAGUAGAAAGCUAGUGGAAUGCACACAAACUUCGUGAAAGUUUCGGCACUCGGCUGUUGUUUCUUGUCUACUAAAACACAACAAUCUAUCCCAACGCAGGCACUAAGCAGUUGCAGAGAUGUUCCUCAUUGAGUUGCUUAGCUGAGGUCACCGAGGUCACCAUCGUACGUGGGCAGCGACUAGGUCCGGUUGUUAGCCUCUCGUCAUAGUCGGGGAGGGGUGGGGAGGAUCCGGCCGUCAUGUUAGCUGGCCAGUCUAAUCAUUGGCAAGUUUCAGUCAACGGUUUGUCGUCAACAAUAAUGUCACUAACUACUUUUUUAUUUUAAGUCGCCACAAGGAAUGCGAAAGUGAAUGGCGUCUGGUUGGCUGGUUGUUGGUUUUUGUUUGGUUGUUUUGGUUUUUUUUAACCAUUCAUCGAGUGCAAGGACAUUGUCCUAAUCAUAUUUUUCCCCUGGGAUGUCAAGGUAGGGAGGGGUCCAUAAAACGCUGAGAAACUGUGUGUGGACGUCAACUUGUCUUCAGAAAAUUAACUAGACCGCUAGUUAGCUGUUAAGUCUUUGUGUUGUUUAGAAUAUUAUUUUUGUUUUUUGUUAACGUCUUAUAUGGAAGUUAAACGACCCUAACUGUGCAUCAGACAACGGGCUUCUCCAAACUUGAAACGUUCUCACAAAGACUGCCACUCCUCCUGGCACUGGCUUGUAGAUGUAGGAGGAGAUCCCGGGGUUUGGGGAGGGGAGAGGAUGGGUUGCGUCAUGAUGAUGGCACAUCUGUUGUGGCUUCUUUUUGUUUUGCAGCCAGCGCGAUUAGCGAGUGCACUGUAUCCAGCGGGUGUUUGACAUGUCCGAGGAAGUGGGAUUGAUGCCGAGCUGGGCUUGGUGAUUGCGAGGAGAACCUAGCGUUCUACACUACUAAUCUCUCCUUCUGCCACUCCACCGCUCGCCUGUCAAAGCUUAAAAGAGAUGUUUUGUUCGCAACAUAAGCCCCGUCAAUAUCAUCACACCGUUUGUUUGGGGAGAAGUUCCUUUAUUUGACUUACCACCCGGCAAAGGGAGUUACACGCUUGGGUUCGUCAUGACAGAGCGUGACCAGUGGUCGGAAUGGGGGUUAAUGAGUUCUCCGGUCUUGUUUGACUUUCGUGCUGCACCGCCAGUGUUUUUGCAGGUCGGGUGUAUGGGGCAGGCCUGCGAGGAGCAAGGAUAGUGCCAAGCAUGUCGCAGUUUGGGAGAAACAAAUGGGAGAGCUCGGUCGUCGUGUUGGGUGCAGGCGCGCGCUUGCAAACACCCUUGCGUGCUGCAGUCUUUUUGUGCGGGGAGCUUGUCAAAGGGAGUCAUUGUGUUUUGUGGGCUGUCGCCAGGGUUGCCUCCGACAUGCUGGCGAGGUGCACAGUAGGACAGGCAGCCAUGACGGCGUCGCUCGGGUGUUUGAAAUGCAACCUCCUCCUCCUCCUCUCCCCUCACACACACACCAUCACCACCACCCUUCCUCCCCAUCUCACCCCCAAACACACAGGCCUGUGUUACAGUGGCCUUACAUUGUUGUCUGCAGGGAAGUUGUAACAACCCCAGAAUGCUAUACGUCACGUGACCGGAUCUCAGUUUCCUUUCUUCCUUCUUCCCGGGUUUCUUUAGUUCCACAAAGAAAAAAAAACAGCAACCGUUUACGAUGGACUGCAACUAAGAGGAUAUUUCGAGUUUGAAACAAAUCGCGAAGUGGGGUUAGCUGUGAAACUUCUGUUAGAUGAGAAAAUAGUUAGACACUCCUUCCUUCUUGUCAUGUCAGGCCCCAGCGCUGGUUGUGACAGAUGUUGCUGGAUUAUCGCCAUGGUCGGCGGACCUCUUGAUUGCAGGACCGUGAAGCUAUGUAGUAGUUCUUAGUCUCACUUUCUCUCCAAAUUUGUUUCUGAAGACUGUCGUCAGCUCCUUACCACGACCGCAGUCAACAUUGUGACUGUUCGCUGAGAAUAAUCACACAAUCUGAAGGUUCAAACGGCUCUAAACAUCCGCUCAUCUAUAGUAAAUUCUCUUUUUUCAUCAACAAAACUGGUUGUAAAUGAUUUCUAAGUGACGAGCAUCAACUAACGACAGUUGCAGACAGGGUGGAUUGACGGCCGCUCCUAUGGAAGCACUGAGGUACUCUACAUGAUUAUAUAGCGCUAUUACGUGGAAGAUGAUUAUAAUUAUUGCUGUAGUCAGCGCUCGUUAUGCUCUCAUAUUCUGGUUUUCCACUAGUCGGUUUGCUAGAGUAAAGAGCUCACUUUGAUAAAAUCUUUUAUGAGUAUUUUUUUUUAAUAAACAGUUAUUACACGAAUAUCUUGUAGCUGAAUUCCAUAUACAAGUACAUUUUCGUCACCAGCGUGCAUAAGGGACCAACAACAACUAGCGGUGGGUAAAUCGUGGAAGAUAUUUUUUAAAAAAAAACCCAUGAAUAUGAAUGGUCAGAAGGUGCAUAGUAAAACUAAAUUGCUUCCCUUUUCUGAGUUUUCUUAAAACGUUCUGUCUAUACAUUGGUUUUAUUUUCCACAUCAUCGUUUACAACAUUUAUGAAUGACUCCGUCAAGAAUAAUUUUGGACCAUGCUUUUUUCGAUUUGUAUAAACCGCUAACGCCAUCUCGCACUUGAUUAGUAUUUGAUAUGGUCAGGACAAGUUUGGGGUUACUCUCCCUACCCCCGUCGUCCCGCGCGCGGACAUUUUCGUGUGGAUUCAGGUGUCAGAAGGUAUGUAGGCAGAGACACCCGAUGAACCGCUGACCUCCCAGGACAUCAGAAGCUCGCCGACCUGCAAACUGCUGCUUUACUCGUGUGUCUCGCCUCUGGUGCCAGCAACUUGUGUUGUACAGGGUUCGCAGGCUCUGAGCUCGUCACUGCUGCCCCAGACAUCAGGAGCGACACAGCUCGGUGCUGGUCACGUGCACCUGACAGUAGCUGUUGGCAGGAUGGGAGGUGCCCCGUGCCGCAUGUAAGCAAUAAAUGUACGUACUUUACCUGCUCCAGCCAAUGUCCAGCUCCUCUCACUACAGUAGAUAGGGCAGAAGCUUUAAUGGUCGAAGCUGGUGUCGCUGCUGUUGAUGCAAAAUACCUCCUUGCAGCUUUGUCUCCGUGCGAUUUUUUAGAGUUUAGUCCUGGCACUAGAAGAAUGAUGUUUGUCUUGUCUGGGAGUUCAAAAAAAAAGAUGAUAUCACGUGAUACCGGUGUGUGGAAUCGGCAGGCAGCCGGGCAUGUUGCAGCUCUGUGCAGCAGGCCUCUCUUCUCAAAUGUGUUGAUCGCGGUCAGAAGUGGACAGACAGCUUGCAGGCAACCGUAUGUGGAUGUCAGUGUGUGUAGCUUGUUGAUUCUCUGCCAUCCCCUCUCCUAUCUUCGCUCUCUCCUCGUCUCGUCAUCGGUCUCGGGACAGAAUCUUGUGACUCGCUACCCAGCAAGGGACGGGUAGGUUUGGCCUUUCUGUACCGUCACAAGUAACCCGACAAUUAACGUGAAUUUUCUACGAUCGUCUUAAAAGUUACAGUUGUUAAUUUUCGGCCUUUUAUGGAAAAGUGCCUGUGUUGCCUUUCUUUUAAAAGCAAGAUCGGGUAAUCAUUGCCUCGACCCCUUCCUUGGUAUGUUAACCUUUCCCACCUCGCUUUCAUGACCUGCGCUCAGUCGGCCUCACGACUGUCCCCACACCCGCUUGUUGCACUCGGCCUCCGCCAUAGCGUUGUUACAAUGACGUGGCGUAUACAGGUAGACAUGUACUUUUCACUUGUGAUCUCAGCCACACCUUCUUGUUUUCUGGCUAGGGAAUGAGGUAGGAAUGGGGGGAAAUGUUUAGAUCAUUACAUUAUCAUUAUUAGUUGCUUUGUUUGUAAUGUCUUAUAUGGCAGGUCCCGUGAUUCCUAGCCUCCAGGAAAACGGUUAAACAUCUUGUUUAGCGGUCCUUUUGAAAAUAAACCUUUCAUCCCGAAAGGCCAAGUCGGGUCCCUUACUGAUGCGUUAUAACACUUGAAAAGUAUGUUCCACCAAAGUGUAAGAUUAAUGUACGCAAAAUUGUUUAGAACGGAUUUGUUUGUAAACAAACUGGCAUCUGGAAAAAAAAGCAGCUUAACACAGUAUGACAUUUAUCAAGAAAGAAAAAAAAGGAAUUAUGCGAAAAGAGUUGCUGUAGCAUAAAGGUCAUUAGUCUGUCGAUGUGCAGCGGACACAGAGCUCGGAUGUCCUCGUGGCUUUUGCUUCACUGCAUUUUCCUCCACCUUGCUACAUUUGGCCGUUUGAUCAUUCAAGUUUUUAUCUACGUUAAUCUUUGUCAACGAUGUGGGAUUACACAGAAACUAUCAUCUUUUGUUUUGUCUGUUUGUUUGGUUGGUUGGGUUUUUUGUGUAACGGUUGUUAUGUAAAAAUAAAAUAAAUAAAAAUAAUGAAGUGGAAGAUUUGGCCAUUUCUGCCCCCAGCGAUUUCUUCACAGUUUAUCCAUUGUAUAUUACAACGCUAAGCACAAAGGCUUAACUUCUAAAACAACUUGUUGGUGUCUGUGUUGUGGAUUUAUUGAAUUCAAAGAAUUCUCCCUCGUUCAGAUGAUGUUGAAAUGUGAGCAGGCAUGCGAGGAAGGGGGGUGAGACAGAGCAGUGAGGCCAUGUUGUUAUUUUAUUCCCCUCCUCCUCCCUCCCGAUUUGUGUUUGUCACACUUUGUAUACCUUUGCAUGUGUAUCUGUCUCCAGAACCGACUGUCGCUUAGUACACACUGUUUUGUGCACGAAUGUGCAUGCUGCAACACUUUUACAGAUCGGUGGGAUUUUUGUGUCAGCGACAUGUUUCAGGAAAUGUUUUCCCGAGUCUGAGGGAGACAUAAGUUGUCUACUGCAUGGACAGAGGCGGCUUAGUCGCCCUUUUCACUUUUGAACUUGAUUGUGGGUACCUGCAUUACUUUACACGAAAAUUGUAUUAGAACAUUUCAGGUAUACGAGCUGACCAUUAUUUCAGCAUUAAAGCCAAGCCAUAGCCGCUAUCAGGAAUUUUUUUUUAUUGUGGGUAUUGUUGCAAUCGCUUUAAAUGUGGAGAGUAUCAUGAAUUGCUAACUGCAUUACUAACAUUCGUGUUAGAGACAUAUAGGGCAGAAGUACGGUUAUAUUGUGUUGUUGUUUAGUUUUCCUGCGUCUGUUUUCUUUUAAUAUGUACAUAGACUUUUUCUUAAAAAAAAAAAGAAAAUUCUUACGACAAGACAAAAGAUGUAUGUAGACCAGAGACCCUGAUGGUCCUGUUAUAUCAUCACUCGCGUGACGGAAUGGGCUUGUGGACGGACUAGGAAAUAGAGACCAAGGCAGCAGUUUGUUGAUUCUCAGAAAUGUGCAGCGUUUCAAAUAUAUUAUUUUUAACUAUUAAUAUUUUAUUGGAGAAACAAAAGAAGAGUAUAACACAAAGAGACAAUAGAGAAUUUCUUUGCGAUGAUAGAAAUAGUUGAUGACUAUAUCAAAGAUAGUUGUUAAGGUUAGCGGGAGGGCUGGGAGUUGUCGUUGCCUUUCCCCCUACCCCUUACACUCUGAAUGCCCUGUAGACAUUGUCUCUGGAUGUCCGCGCAGUUCAAAAGGGAGGGACGAAUGAUAGAGAGGGAGGGUCGUGAUGUUUCUCACGCUGGCGAUCUCCUGUUGUUGCGAGUAAUGGGGUCAGAAAUUAUACUUUUGUUUUUAACAGUUCUUAUCGCUAAGAGCGGACCGGUUGUUCUUUGUUUUCGUCUCAUCAUGUCCUUCACUGAAGUGUGUACAAGUUUAGCGUGAAAGAAACGCGGGCAUGCGCACUGUUGUUAUGACUCUCAGAGGUCAUCACGCACGCGCAGACGUCACUGACGUUUUCAUGAUGUUCAUGGGAGACGGGAUGGCAGACGAUACAUCCUGCUGAGCGAAGUUUGUGCUUUUAUAACUCGAGUGUGUCCGUGUCAUGUCAAUGUGGGUGGUGGAACAGCCGUCUAAAUAAAUACAAUCCACAAAAUUCAAACAGCAUUUUUUUUCCCCCGACACGUGGUGGUGUUAGAAUUUUGUUACGAGGUCGUCUAUCGCCAUGUUUUGUUAGGGUAGAAAAAUUACUUCUCCCCCUCCCCAGUCCUUUUAUUUUUCCUUGUUUUGUCUUUUCUUCCAGCACUUCUUUUUCCCCCAUUCUUCUUGUCCUCUUUGACUGCGAUGUGAAUAACAAAUAUAUUCUGCUGCUUGAGUCGAACGUUAUUCACGUAGCUGGGCGUACGUAGCAUGUUAGAAUCACGUAUCACGUUAUCCGGUCUCCCAUUGAACUCGUCAAAUGUUACAUGUCCACGUCCUAGAACUUGCCUGCCAAUGAUUAGCUCACCAUCAGCUGGUGAUGUCAUCAACUCUUCCAAACAUGGUCAUUCAUUAAUAUUCAUAUUCUCGCCAUACUUUUUUUUCUUGGAUUGGUUAGAAAGUAUUGUGCGUGUGGCGUGUGCAGCCUACUUUCUGAUGUUCAUACAAUAAACUUGACAUUACAUGA